GCCAGCAGGAAAUGUACUGCGAGAACAGCAUAAUGCUUUAUGGCACCACAUCACACCAACAAAACUCUUCAGCAAGAAAGCUACAAGAAGAAGCAACAAGUACAGAAUGUACAAUGUAAGUUCUUUGGAAGAGGCUAUAGCUCGGUAUUCUCAGUGUGGAUAUCAUGGCAGAGGCUACGAAGAGACAGAAGAAGACUAGGAAAAAGCAAGAAAGAGAAAAAGAGAGUGACUGAGCAAGCAACCAGACAUGAGCUAAAGAUGCAGGACAGACGCCGAGAUGGCCUUCUUGCUGUUGGACUAUGCCAAGAUGAUGUGCGAAGUGAUGCCCACUAUCAGCGAGGACACGGCUCUGAGCCAGCGUGGCUCUCAGAGCAGCGCCUCGGACCCAGACUCCCACUUUGAGCAACUGAUGGUUAACAUGCUGGACGAAAGGGACCGGCUGCUGGACACUCUGAGGGAGACCCAGGAGAGCCUCGGCCUGGCCCAGCAGCAUCUUCAGGACGUCAUCUACGACCGUGAUUCUCUGCAGCGCCAGCUCAGCUCUGCCCUUCCACAGGAGUUUGCUGCGCUGACCAAGGAGCUGAACGCCUGCAGGGAGCAGCUGCUGGAGAAGGAGGAGGAGAUCUCUGAGCUCAAAGCCGAGAGGAACAACACCAGGCUACUCCUGGAGCAUCUGGAGUGCCUGGUGUCCAGACACGAGCGGUCACUUCGUAUGACAGUGGUCAAGCGGCAGGCUCAGUCUCCCUCGGGAGUCUCUAGUGAAGUUGAGGUCCUCAAAGCACUCAAGUCCUUGUUUGAACACCAUAAAGCCCUCGAUGAGAAGGUAAGAGAGAGACUACGGGUGUCACUGGAGAGGGUUUCUGCCUUGGAGGAGGAGCUCACAGCAGCCAAUCAGGAGAUUGUGGCCUUACGGGAACAAAAUGCCCACAUUCAGAGAAAAGUGGCUUCUGGGGAGGGAGGAGAGGACAUUCUGGAGGGCAGUGAAACUCAACAGAAGGUCCAUAGCAAGCGUCUGUCCAACGGCUCUCUGGAGUCGGCCCAUGAGGCGAGCCAGGUGGUGGAGCUGCAGGACCUGCUGGAGAAGCAGAACUACGAGCUGGCCCAGAUGAAGGAGCGCAUGUCCUCCCUCUCCUCCCGGGUCUCCGAGGUGGAGCAGGAGCUGGAGACCGCCCGCAAGGACCUCAUCAAGUCAGAGGAGAUGAACAACAAGUACCAGAGGGACAUCAAAGAGGCCAUGUGUCAGAAAGAAGACAUGGAGGAACGGAUCGUAACAUUGGAAAAACGCUACCUAAGCGCCCAACGAGAGUCCACCUCGGUGCAUGACAUCAAUGACAAACUGGAGAACGAGUUGGCUAAUAAGGAGGCGUUCCUCAGACAGAUGGAGGAGAAGAACAGGCAGCUACAGGAGAGGCUGGAGCUUGCAGAGCAGAAGCUCCAGCAGACCAUGAGGAAGGCUGAGACGCUGCCGGAAGUAGAGGCUGAACUGGCCCAGAGGAUAGCAGCCCUCACCAAGUCUGACUCCAGCUCCUCUUCCUCCCCUGAUGAUUAUCACUUUGUUAUGGAAGCUAAACUCCAAGACAUGAACUCCAUUCUUAGGAAGGCGGAAGAGCGUCACGGGAGCAUUGAGGAGCGAAUGAGGCACUUGGAAUGCCAGCUGGAGGAGAAGAACCAGGAGCUGCUACGGGCUCGACAGAGAGAAAAGAUGAACGAGGAGCACAACAAGCGACUCUCGGACACGGUGGACAGACUCCUCACGGAGUCCAAUGAGCGUCUUCAGCUCCACCUGAAGGAGAGAAUGGCAGCUCUAGAAGAGAAGAAUCUGUUAAUCCAAGACUCAGAAGGUUACAGAAAACAGUACGAGGAGUCAAUCCAUGAAAAAACACAGCUUGCAGAGGAGAUUGACAAACUGAGAUCAGAGCUCGAUCAAUUCAGACUGAGGGCAGGCUCCCUCACAGAACCCACCCUGUCACGGUCUCAUCUAGACACAUCAGCUGAGCUCCGAUUCUCGUUGGGAUCUCUGGCUGAAACCCAGUCAGACCACUACCGCUCAGCCAAGGUCAUCCGACGGCCAAGGAGAGGUCGAGUGGGUCUGCGUGAAACCAAGGCUAAGUCGCUGGGGGAGCAUGAAUGGCGCUCACAGCAGCUAGGGGUCCUGGGAGGCCACCACUUUGAGAGCGACACAGAGAUGUCAGACAUUGAUGACGACGACAGGGAAACUCUGUUUAGCUCCAUGGACCUACUCUCACCCAGCGGCCACUCGGAUGCACAAACUCUGGCCAUGAUGCUGCAGGAGCAGCUAGAUGCAAUCAACAAGGAAAUUCGGCUGAUCCAGGAGGAGAAGGAGUCAACGGAGCUGCGUGCGGAGGAAAUAGAAAACCGGGUAGCCAGUGUUAGCCUGGAGGGUCUCAACCUGGCUCGAAUGCACCACCACGGAGCCUCCAUCACUGCCUCAGCCACCGCCUCCUCCUUGGCCUCCUCCUCCCCACCCAGCGGACACUCCACCCCCAAACUUGAUCCUCGAAGCCCCGCCCGCGAUAUGGAGCGCAUGGGGGUCAUGACACUGCCUAGUGAUCUGAGGAAACACAGGAGAAAGAUAGCAGCGGUGGAUGAGGAUGGCCGUGAGGACAAGGCCACAAUCAAGUGUGAGACAUCCCCCCCUCCAACGCCACGCACUGUCCGAAUGACACACACACUGCCAGCCUCCUCGCACAAUGACGCACGGGGGAUUGUGGCCUCUCUAGAGGCUGAGGCCAGCGCACUGAGUAGUGUAGCCAGCAGCCAAGACUCCCUCCACAAGCAGCCAAAGAAGAAGGGCAUUAAAUCCUCCAUUGGACGGCUUUUUGGCAAAAAGGAGAAAGGCAGACUGGCACAUCUGGCACACAGACACGUCAUGGUAGAUCCACAAGCGACAAUGAUGGAUCCAGACAUGGCGGGCCAGGAUAUGGGGAUGGGCAAGCUGGGAACUCAGGCUGAGAAGGACCGCAGAUUGAAAAAGAAACACGAGCUAUUGGAGGAGGCCAGGAGAAAGGGUUUACCUUUCGCCCAAUGGGACGGUCCCACUGUUGUAGCCUGGCUGGAGCUGUGGUUGGGAAUGCCUGCCUGGUACGUGGCGGCAUGCCGCGCCAACGUGAAGAGUGGAGCCAUCAUGUCGGCCCUAUCUGACACCGAGAUCCAGCGGGAGAUUGGUAUCAGUAACCCUCUGCACCGGCUCAAACUUCGCCUGGCCAUCCAGGAAAUGGUCUCUCUCACCAGCCCCUCUGCCCCGCCCACCUCCAGAACCCCGUCAGGCAAUGUAUGGGUGACCCAUGAGGAGAUGGAGACCCUGGCAGCCCCUUCCAAAACGAAGUCACAGUCUGAAGAGGGGAGCUGGGCACAGACUUUAGCUUAUGGCGAUAUGAACCAUGAGUGGAUUGGGAACGAGUGGCUGCCCAGUCUAGGACUACCUCAGUACCGCAGCUACUUCAUGGAGUGCCUAGUGGACGCACGCAUGCUGGACCACCUCACCAAGAAGGACCUGAGGGUUCACCUCAAAAUGGUGGACAGCUUCCACAGAACAAGUUUACAGUAUGGAAUCAUGGGGCUGAAGAAGCUCAACUAUGACCGGAAAGAACUGGAGAGACGCAGGGAGCACAGCCAGCAUGAAAUGAGAGAUGUACUAGUGUGGAGUAAUGAGCGGGUCAUCCGCUGGGUGCAGAGCAUAGGCUUGAGGGACUACGCCAACAUCCUGCUGGAGAGCGGUGUACAUGGAGCUCUUGUUGCCUUGGAUGACAAUUUUGACUACAGCAGUCUGGCGCUGCUCCUCCAGAUCCCCAACCAAAACACUCAGGCACGUCAGAUUCUGGAGCGAGAGUACAAUAAUCUGCUGGCGCUGGGCACUGACAGGAGACUGGAUGAGUGUGACGACAAAGACUUCCGGGGUCCAUCAUGGAGGAGGCAGUUCCCGCCCCGAGACGUUCACGGAAUAAGUAUGAUGCCCGGAUCAGCAGAGACGCUCCCUGCUGGAUUUCGUCUCACCACAACUUCCGGUCACUCCCGAAGACUGCCCCCUGAGGUCCUCUAUGAGGCGCUGGAUGACAGUCCUGACGACAUGUAUUUGGAUUGGUUUCAAGUCGGACCCUCUGCAGUGCAGCGGCUGGACAGCUCCACGGUGAGAACCUACUCCUGCUGAGAGGAGGAAGAGAGGGACCUUAAACUGUACGCUGUUCAGUUCUGAAUGAAGAUUAACUAGAGGAUGCUGCUGGAUGGGCCAACCUGCCCAUGAACAAACAAAUUCUGAUGACACGCACUGCCAAGAAGUCCUGCUCUCUUCUGACCCCCCUUACCCAACCCUACUCCACGCCCCCAUAAUGUGGGCACCAGAUGCCGGUGCUAAACUGUCCUGCAGGCUACCCUGUUGUCACCAUUUCUACCUUUUACAUGUACAGUAACUUGUCGAAGCAUAACGUACUGUGUUUCUUCUACAGGAGAUGUGUAGGUUAUCUGUAAAUAUAUAUGCCAUUUUUUUAAUAUAUACACACAUCUAUGUAUAAAAAGAUAUUCAGAGUUUGUGCAAAAAAUGUCCCUGCCACCUCAUUUAGUGGACCAUAGAUUAAUAUAUGCUGCUCUUUAAACUGUCUCCAUAUUACCCCGCCCCUCUAGAUCAUUUUGUACAUAUGGUUUUAUUUUUUCAUUGUGCUGAUGAUGAUUAUUAUUUUGAUGAUCCUGUGCUACAUCGUAAGUGAGGAAGAGACUGGAUGUUGUGUGAAAACCUGCCCUCUAGUGGUGCACAAGUACCACUGAGCCCCAUUUCUGGCACCAACAAACUUCAUUAUCCUUUCUUAUGGACUCGCUGUCAUAAUAGAAGCAUUUUAAGGAGACAGGUCGAUGCACUGGAACGACAUGACAAGCACUUUGAUACAACCGCAUCAACUCAAACGGCCUGUUCAGUAGCCAAGGACAAAACAAGAGAUGCCACUGCUCUCCGAAGUUGCACAAAAACUUCUCUGAACAAAAAAGCAGGUGGUCGUUCACAGAACCUGUCACUUGUUGUACUGUAUGUUUUGUCAGGCGAUACAAAGGACAACUACACACACAGCCAAGCUGGCCUUCUCCCCCUCCCUUAAGACACUACGUUAACAGAACACAGGAAAUAACUGAAAGACAGACUGCUUUAGCUCAUCGUGUGCGUAGAGUGUAUAUGACCAUGUUGAAGUGAGGUGACUUAAUGACAAAAACCUGUUGCUUGCAGUGACUUACAUUGGUGUAACUCUUUGUUUCUGUCAGAGUUUUCAGGGUAACCUAUUGUACAGCCCUGUUAUCUGUCUUUUAGUUAUUUCUGACGACUCAAACAAGUCUUACGCUUUUAAUUUGUUUUUACAUCUUCAAUUUGCACGAACAAUGAAUCAUUUUAUUUUGUGUUCAUUUUUUUUUUAUUCUUGUACUUUGGUCAAAACUAAGUGGUGAGCAAGCAAAUUUUCAUCGUCAAUAAAAGAAAACCAACUACCGUCAGUAAA